AUGAUGAAAAGAGGAUGGAUUUUCUGUGAUUUUUUUAAUUACAAUAAAAUAGUAAGAUGUGAAGAGAGUUAUGAUAAGAACAAUAAAAGUGAGGAUUCGAAAUAUGGAGAAAAGAGAAGUAAUGAGUUAUAUGAAGAGAGUAGUAUGAAUAAUAACGAUUCUUUAAUAGAUAUGAUUAAGAAUAUACCUAUAAAUCCAUUUAUUGAUAAAAAUGAAAAUAUGAAUAAAUAUAAAUAUGGUGUUGAAAAAAAAAAUAUUGAACGAUAUACUGGUGUGAAUGUGUAUGAUGAAGUAGAUGAAAAAGAUGAGAAAAAAAACAAACCUGUAGAAUAUCCUUUUGCGAUAAGUAAUAAAAUAAUAUUUAAGAAAGAGAAAAAUAAUAAUAAUAAAACAAGUUCAUCUAAUAAUCAAAUUAAUACAAAUUAUAGUAAUAUAUCAAGUGAAUUAUACCCAGAAGAAGGUUUUAAAACACCUAAUAAAACAAAGCAUUUUUAUGCUGAUUGGGAAAGAUUAUUAGCAUAUAAUCAUGGUUUAUAUACGUUAAAAAAUGCAAAUAAUAAUAAUACAAUAAUUAAUAGAGAUUUACAUUCAUUAAAUACAGAAAAUGAUAUAAGAAAUAAAUUAAAUUUAUAUAUCGAUAGAAUAAAUAUCGAUAAUCCAAAUGAUACAUGUAAAUAUUUAGGAAUAGAAGAAUAUAAAUGUUUAUUAACACAUUCUUUUCAUAUGAAUACAAAUGUUAGUAAUCAAAAAUGUGUCAAGUGGUUUAAUGAAUAUAUACAAUGUAAAUGGGAUGAACAAAAAUUAAAUUUUGGAUAUAACUACAUUGAACAUAAAAGACAUAAAAAAUCAAAGGCCUAUAUCGCAGCCCCAGAUUAUCAAUACGCAUAA